AUGGGUUAUGUCAUGUUACCUUCUCCUCUACUCCUCAGCUGAACCACUGGAAACCACUUUGAUGCUGUUCUCUUCUGCUCCAGUUUAUGAUCUUUCCCAGAAUCUAAUCUGCCAAACCUGGAAGUACAAAGAAUAUGGUACCUUGUGCAAAGAUGUCAAAUGCAUUGCCAUUUAUCUUGCUCUCCAUAUUCCCCAUGCUGCUGUUAGGGGCUUGGUUUCCCAAAACUUUACCCUGUGAUGUCAAAUCUUCGGAAGGUACUGUGACCGUGGACUGCACUGACCGGCGCCUUACAGAAGUCCCCAGAGGGAUCCCUGCAAACGCCACCAACCUUACCCUGAGUAUUAACAAUAUUCCUCAAAUCUACCCAACAUCCUUUGAUCAUCUUGAAAAUCUCCAGGAGAUUGACUUCAGAUGCAACUGUGUGCCUGUCAAACUGGGGCCCAAAAAUCAUGUGUGCACCAGCCCACUGAAAAUUGAGAAUGGUAGUUUUGCUGCCCUGACAAGAUUGAAGUCAUUGUAUUUGGAUGCAAACCAGCUGGCAGAAAUACCCCGAGGUCUUCCUGCUACUUUAACCCUGCUGAGCCUGGAAGCAAACAGUAUCUUUUCUGUCCAAAAAGCCAACUUCUCAGAGCUAGGGAACAUAGAGGCAUUGUAUCUUGGACAGAACUGUUACUACCGCAAUCCAUGCAAUGUUUCAUUUGAAAUUGAGAGAACAGCCUUUCUGGGGCUGAAGAAGUUAACAAUACUAUCCCUGAAGUCCAACAACUUAACACAAAUUCCCCCCAAUCUGUCACCUACUUUAAAGGAAUUGUAUAUUUACAACAACAUGAUUCAAGAGAUUCAAGAACACGAUUUAAGUGACCUUACCAACCUAGAAAUUCUCGACCUAAGUGGCAAUUGCCCACGUUGCUAUAAUGCUCCAUAUCCUUGCACUCCCUGUCCCAAGAGCUCGAUUCAGAUCCAUUCAAAGGCUUUUGAUUCUUUGCAAAAUUUAAGAAUUUUGCGGCUUCACAGUACCUCUCUUCGAAGCAUACCCAGCAGCUGGUUUAAAAACAUCAAGAAUCUCAAAGAACUUGACCUCUCCCAAAAUUUCCUGAUGAGGGAGAUUGGAGAUGCUCAGUUUUUGAAAUUUAUCCCCAGCCUUGUGCAGCUUGAUCUGUCGUUUAACUUUGAACCGAAGCUGUAUUCUCCCUUCUUGAAUCUUUCUGAGACAUUUUCUUCUCUCUCUAACCUGGAAACCCUGAGGCUCAAGGGCUAUGUCUUUCAAGAACUGAGAGCACAAGAUCUAGAGCCACUGCUCAGUCUUAGGAAUCUAACCAUGUUGGAUCUCGGGACUAAUUUUAUUAAAGUUGCAGACGUGACAGUGUUUGAAAAAUUCCCAGCUCUUAAGUUCAUUGACCUCUCAGUGAAUAAAAUUUCUCCUUCUUCAGGAGAAAGCAACCUCUAUGGAUUUUGCUCUAAUCCAGGCAUUUCAGUUGAGCAGUACAACAGGCAAGUACAAGAGAUGCAUUAUUUCAGGUAUGAUGUGUAUGAGCGAAAUUGCCGUUCCAAAGACAAAGAGGCUUCUUCCUACGAGACGUCGGUUAAGGAAGAUUGCCUUAACUAUGGAAAAACUCUGGAUUUAAGCAGAAACAAUGUAUUUUUUGUUACCCCCUCCGACUUUCAGGGACUUAGCUCCCUCAAAUGUCUCAACUUGUCAGACAAUGCAAUAAGUCAAACUUUAAAUGGAAGUGAAUUCCUUUACUUGUCUGGAUUGAAAUAUCUGGAUUUUUCUAACAACAGGAUUGAUUUGCUAUACCAAACUGCUUUCAAAGAAUUAACACUUUUAGAAAUUCUAGAUCUGAGCAAUAACCAGCAUUAUUUUCAGGCAGAAGGUGUUACUCAUGUGCUAAGUUUUAUGAAAAACCUGGCCCAUUUGAGGAAGCUGAUGAUGAAUGACAAUGACAUUUCUACCACUAUUGAUACUGGAAUGGAAAGUCAAUCUCUUCGAAUUCUAGAAUUCAGAGGAAAUCACUUAGAUGCCCUCUGGAAGGAUGGCAAUGAUAGGUAUUUGUCCUUCUUCAAGAAUCUGACCAGUCUGGAAGAACUGGAUAUUUCCUUCAACUCACUCAGUUUUUUGCCUCAUAGUGUUUUUGAAAAAAUGCCUCCCAGUCUCAAGGUCCUCAACUUAACGAAUAAUCAACUGAAGAGUUUCAUCUGGGGAAACCUUCCUUCUCUGAAGAACCUAGUAACUCUGGACCUGAGCAAUAACCUGCUGACUACUGUUCCCCGAGAACUGUCCAAUUGCACUUCAUCUCUCCAGAAACUGAUGCUCCGAAACAAUCGCAUACAGAUGCUAGCCAAACAUUUUCUCAGAGGUGCUUUUGCACUGAGGUAUUUGGACCUCAGCUCCAACAAGAUUGAAAUAAUUAAGAGAUCUAGCUUCCCUGAAAAUGUCAUCAACAACCUGGAGAUGCUGCUUUUGCAUGGCAAUCCUUUUAAGUGCAACUGUGAGGCUGUGUGGUUUGUGUGGUGGAUCAAUCGGACACAGGUGACCAUUCCUCUUCUGGCCACAGAUGUGACCUGUGCUGGCCCAGGGGCACAUAAGGGAAAGAGCGUGGUUUUCUUGGAUCUGUACACCUGUGAGCUGGACACGUCGUAUUUGAUCCUGUAUGCUCUGUCAGCUUCAGCCGUGCUUGGCUUGAUGGUGUUCACAGUGAUGAGCCAUCUCUACUUCUGGGAUGUGUGGUAUAGCUACCACUACUGCACUGCCAGGCUGAAGGGCUAUCGGCGCUUGUCUUCACCAGCUGCUUGCUACGAUGCCUUCAUUGCCUAUGACAGUGAAGAUCCAGCUGUGAACGAGUGGGUGCUGCAAGAGCUGGUGGAAAGGCUGGAAAACCAAAAAGCCAGGCAGUUCAAUUUAUGCCUGGAAGGAAGAGACUGGCUCCCAGGGCAGCCGGUCUUUGACAACCUUUCCCAGAGCAUUCAGCUGAGCAAGAAGACCAUAUUUGUGCUGACCCACAGGUACAUUACAAGUGGCCGCUUCAAGACAACAUUUUAUAUGGCUCAUCAGCGGCUUCUAGAUGAAAAGAUGGAUGUCAUUAUCUUGAUAUUUCUUGAGAAGGUCCUGCAGAAGUCCCGCUAUGUCCGUCUGAGGAAGAGGCUGUGCAGAAGUUCAGUCCUGGAAUGGCCAACUAAUCCUCAGUCUCAGCCCUACUUCUGGCAGUGCCUGAAAAAUGCCAUAGCUACCAGCAAUUCUCUGGCUUACAACAAACUUCUCCAAGAAACUGUUUAGUUGUGCUCUUCUUGUAAAUAUUGUUAUGAUGCACAAGAUCAAAAGAUUCGAAGGAAAAGAUUCUGCACUUCAUUUGCAGAAACUGUCAAAGCAUGGAAGAUAUACCUCCUUCUUGUUAUAUCGCAAAAUGAAAGGCACAAUUACUUUGAAAUUAAAUAAUUUUCUUGUGCUCUGUCAGGUUUGAAUAGGAACUGUUGCCAUAACAGAUGUUUAGUUGAUAUGCACCUUGCUUUGCACUGAUCACUGCACUGCAAGGGAAGAUGCUAAAGUGGGAAGGUAUUUGACAUCAGCUUCUGUAGGGCUUGCAGGCUGCUUUGUGAAAGCAAGGAGGGGGAGCAGGACAGCACCGAGUAAUAGGUACAUGGCAGGUGGAGAAAUCAAGUAAACCAAGGAGAAGGUGAGAACAGACAAAGAAAAAAAGGUAAAAGGAAAGAAAGAGAAAGUGGAAAAAGUGGUAAGAAAGGAGGAACAUGCAGCUGUACUACAGCAUGGCAGAAGUCCAGAAGUAUUUACUGCAAAUUUCCAAAUAAAUUUUUCACUUUGCCUUUCAUCUGCCUCCUGGGCUGUUGGCUGAGCUGGCUCCACCCUGAAGACUUUAGGGCUCCUCUCUAAUGUUGUACUACCAGUUUGAGGACCUUUCCCACCCAAGCUGUGAGUGACCACCCUUUCUGUAUCAGCUGGGUGUUAGCUGCUCUAGCCAGGGCUGGGGACAUACUACCUGUCCCCACAAGAAAAUUUAGACAGAAUCUGGAAUCCAAAGCAUGUAAGGUAAGAUCAGGUCACACAACGAAAUCAUUCUUCCCACUGUUUCUUUAGCUAUGCUGGGGUUCUCCAGAGCAGCCUUAAGCCCUCUUUCAUCUCUUUAUUCCGCAGGCAGGUCCCUCUCCCACAACAGCUUAUGGGGCACUACUAAACACUUGAGAUAGGAAUGGGUCUGACUUUAGGGACACCCUGGAAAAGUGAAGAAACAUAAACACUUUUGUCUGUUCCCCACUCUGUUUCACAGUACAGACUCAUUGAACACAUGAGAGUAUUUCAAGUGAAACCUUUUGUAAUGGCAGCCUAAACUUCUGAGCACGACAUAGGCAGGUUCUCUGCUUGAUGUCUGUUUUGAUUGAAGCAGCACAUUUUCACCUUGCUGGCUGCUUCUGUCUGCAGCAGUCUGGGCAGCUUCUCCCCUACUGCUCAAACCCCUUUUUCUUUUCUGGCAACUAGUCUUGGUGAUAUCUCUGGCUGAUAUUGUCACUCAUAACUGCUUUAAACUUAUUUCAGAUGUCACCUGCAUUUCCUCACCUAAGGGGGGAAAUGGUCUGACUGGUCCUUUCUUUUGGCAACAAGACAGAAUAACAAAGAAACUCAAGAAAAGAAACUUCAUGUAAUAAUAUUACAGAAAAGAAGGUUUUUUCCCCUCCAUUUUCCACAACAUAUUUAUUGAUUGAAUACAGAAGUAGGAAAAAGAUGAGGGCCUAGUUAAAAACCAUGAGUUUUAGUUGUCUUUUAAUAAUGUGUGUUUCUGGUGGUUUUGUUUGUAAGCCUAAACAAUCUGUGUCUCUAAAUAUGAUAACAUAAGCUGUAAUGUGACUCUCUCCAUAAGGUAGUACUUGAAACAGGAACCUCUAUCCCACAGUUACUCCCACACCCUCUCCCUCUUCCUCUGCCUGCCAAAAUUUCUAUUUGGAGCAGAUCCUUUCUCUCAGCUUCACAGACAAUGGCAGGAACACCAGGUCACUUAGCCUUCUAAGGUUGAGAGGAGAGGUAUUUUAUUCUCUUCCAUUGAGAAGCAUGCACAGGAUGGGUAUGAGAUGAAUAGCAAUGAGUAUAAAUUGAUACAGGUACUAAGGGAGGUGACUAGGAAAGGUAUCCUCCUUGAUUUGUUGCUUGCUAAAAAGAAGGUCUCAUGAGUGAAUUGGUGAUUGGACCAUGAAACAGUUGAAUUUAAAAUAGUGACAGGAGGAAAAUAGCCAGCAAAAUUGUGAAUAUGAGAAGAGUAGACUUCAGGCUGCUCAGGGAAGUAGUUUGUAAGCCCCUUGGGAAAAUGGUUUAGAAGAUGCUGGGAUCUGCCAGUGUGGUGAAAAUUUAAACACCACCUUCUUGGAGCACGGGAGUAUGUAAUUCCAAAAUGCUGGAAGUCAAACUGGUGAGGCAGAAGGCUGGCUUGGAUGAUCAGGAAUCUUUCUCUGGAGCUAUAGUAAAACUUUCUUAUACACUUUGUUUUCUCUGGCAGAUAAAAGAAAGUGUAUGGCCAGUGAAAGCAAGGUUGAGUGACUUGGGAGGGUUUUGUGGUUUAAGCCCAGUUGGCAACAAAGCACCACACACUCACUUCUCCCCACCCUGGUGGGAUGGGGAGGAGAAUCAGAAAAGAAACGUAACUCUUGCUGGUUGAGAUAAGAACAGUUUAGUAGUUGAAAUGAAGUAAAAUAUAUUAUUACAACAACAACAAAAAUAGUAAGAAAAAAGGAGGAGAGAUAGAGAGAAAGAAGACCCAUGAGUGAUAAGUGAUGCACAAUGAAUAACUCACCACUGCUUACCGAUGCACAAGCCAUCUCCAAACCACAAUCAGAUCCCAUUCUGUGUUACUCCACCUGUUUAUAUACUGGGCAUGGCAUUCUAUGGCAUGAGAUACCCCUUAGGCCAGUUAACAGCUGAGCCUCCUCACAGCUUCUGGUGCACUUCUCUCUGGCAGAGCUUGGAGCUUGCUUGCCUGGUUGGUGUAGCUGUGUCCAAAUUACAAAACACUAAGAGUCCUGAGGUUUCUGUACAUCAGGAUGUUGUGAUAGUAUAUCUUGUGAUUUGGUGUGAGGUCAGUUAGGAGGAUUUUUGGAUUUUUAAAUUGGCCAUGGAUUUUUGGCCAAUUUAAAAGUGGACUUCUGCAGCUGCAUUAACAAGUCUAUGUGUCAUUCUUCCUUCAGAGGUGAGAUCAUAGAGACAUUUUAUGAAUAUCUCAUCCUAAUGCAGGAGUUUAAGAGGGACGCAAGAUGCAAUUAUUUUAGUUGCAACCCAAGUAGGAUUUUUCUCCAUUAGCUCUGUAGGUGUUUUCAUUGAGAACUCCUUCUCAAUGAAGGAGUAGUAAGGCAAGGUGGCUGCUGCUCCAGGCUUACAUGUGCAGCAAGCUGGUCUUGAAUAACCAUGUGAUGUGGACAUCAAAGUAUCUGAUGUACUAUAAACACCCACUGUGAUGACCAAAGGUGUUCCGCAUCAAUUGCUAUUCCCUUACAGAAAUUGUAACAGACCAUGGCUAGACUUGGUAUUUAGCCUAUGUGGCCUGGAAAGACCACACAUGGAACAGAAGAAGCAGAAAGAGGAUAAAGGAAGAAGAAUAUUGGUGCAUUAAUUGAAUUUUUACUGUUCCACUGUGUGGAAUUUGCAUUCUUCGAAAAAAAAAAAAAGUGCUAUUUACAUUACUGUCAUUAGAGUGGCACAAAAAUAGUAA